UGCUCUGUAUUGCCAGCUAGGAGCUGCACAGAAGGAAAACAGAACCAGAAAGGUGUAGAAAAACUAAAUCUGAGGCACUGAGAAUCAUGGAUUUUGGAAAAACGGCCUCAAUGAAGAAUUGAGUUUGUUUUAUAUCACUAUUUUAAUAUGCUGCUUUUUAUAUAACGGCUUUUUGGACGUCGCGAUCAAUGAAUGUCCUUUUCUGAAGUAGCAUUGAGCACCAGUCAGUUGUUGAACUUUGCUCUGUGCUGAAGAUGAAUGCUCUGGUUGCUCUGUGUCACUUCUGUGAGCUCCACGGCCCUCGGACAUUGUUUUGCACUGAGGCACUGCACCCUCCAUCUCCAUCCCCUUCAUCCCAGGCAGGUGUCCCAGUGCAUGGGGACAGGGACCGAGAUGGUGACCGGGAAGGUGAAGGUCUGACCAUGAGGGCCAACAGCUCGGCCACACAGAGAGGAGAAAUGUGUGACGGAUGUCGAUCUCUUCCUGCAUCUCACCCAGGCUUUAUGAGCAUUGAUGAUGAAACAGGCAUACGCUUCCUGAGCCACCAGCAUCCCAGACAGCCACAGCUGUUCAGCGUGGUCCGCCAAGCCUGCGUACGCAGCCUCAGCUGUGAGGUAAACAGUGACGUAUGUAUGUGUAUGUCACACGUCUCAUGCACAAAUGAACCAAUUUUCUCAUUCCUCCAUCACCACAUAUACUUCCACCUAUUAUCUCUCUGUCUGUCUCGUCAGGUGUGUCCCGGCCGUGAAGGGCCAAUUUUCUUUGGAGAUGAACAACACGGUUUUGUGUUCUCGCACACCUUUUUUAUCAAAGACAGCCUCGCCAGGGGCUUCCAGCGCUGGUACAGUAUUGUCAUGGUAGCAAUGGACAGGAUCUACCUUAUCAACUCCUGGCCUUUCCUGUUACGCCACCUUAGACUCACUAUACAGAGCCUUCAAAGCACAGCCCUCAAGGUGUUUGACAAUGAACAAGGAGUUUGUCCCCAGCGAGCAGUGAGGAUGAACAGUGUCUUCUCACCUGCAGUUUUCCCACACCAAAGGAGUGGCAAUGCAGCCCGAUCACUAACUUCUCUUACCCAGCAUCCCAACCUCUGGGCCAGCCUGCACUCCUCCUUUAGCUGGCUGCUGAAGGCCUGUGGUAGCCGUCUGACAGAGAAGCUGCUGGAGGGAGCCCCCACUGAGGACACACUGGUGCUCAUAGAGAGACAGACAGAGCAAGAGGAGGAAAUGAGCUGCUGGGAGGGAGCAGAAGGAGGCGGUUCCAAGUCACAGCGGCACCAAUCGGAGAGCGAGCUGGGCCACGACUUCCUGUUUGAUGAUGCAAAAUUAGAUGAAUUACCUGGUCCAAAAUUUAGGUCACUGAGGCAUUUAAGACAGGUACUCGGGGCUGCUGAGUUUCGUCAGCUAGUGUGGCACGUGCUCAUGGGAAAUCAGGUCAUAUGGAGAGGCGCAGACCCCAGGCUCAUCCAAUCAGCUUUUACAGUGCUCAAGUCUUUGGUCCCAGUAGGCUGUGUGCGUUCUGUGCCAUACAGUGCUCAGUAUGAGGAAGCCUACAAGUGCAACUUCCUGGGUCUCAGCCCAGAUGUGCCUAUUCCAACCCACGUCAGCUCCUCAGAGUUUUCAGUGCUGGUGGAUGUCAGUUCAGAGAGGAGCUGUCAGAUCUCAGCCAUGGGUGAAGACGAUAUCUCCUCACUUUAUCAGUUCACCAUCAGCAGUGCCAACACACAGCCCACAGACAGGGGUCCCACGUUAUUGAACAAGCUUGAGGUGGCCCUGUCUAAUGAGAACUUGUCUGUGGAUGUCGUAUCUCACUGCCUGUUGUGUCUGAAGGAAGAGUGGAUGAAUAAAGUCAAAGUGCUGUUCAAGUUCUCCAAAGUGGAUGGGCGGGGGAGGGAGGACACCCAGAAGGUUUUGGCCCUCCUCGGCACCACAGGGCCGGGCGAGGAGGACAACGUCAGGCUGCUCAAGUUCUGGAUGACUGGACUCAGCAAAACCUACAAGAGUCAUUUAAUGACAGCCGUCCGAGGAGGGGAGAGGAGCCCCAGCCAGUGACAAAGAGAGAUGAAGGAUAAUGAAGUAGAGAGCUAAAGAAAAGGGGGCUGAAAAGAGGGGGAAUACUAAAGAAAGGAAAGUGAAAGCAAGAAUCUUUUCAGAAUUUUUUUAACUGUUCGGGACUUUCAGUGGAAUGAAAGAGGAAUGUGAAUGGAUGACAGAAAUGCUUUGGCUCAUCCAUUAUUGUCUUUUUAAGUAAUGAGAAAUCUACUGUUUCUAACCCUGAUUAUUAUCCUGCACAGAUUAACACAUUGAGUCAGUUUGGAUAAUGUAUCAGGGCUUUUGUUUGUCAAAGGGAAUUAUUGUAAAAGGCCUAUUCAUACUAAUAUGCGAAGUUUAACUUAUUACAAAAAGACUUUGCACUUUGUUUACUAUUUUGUUGAUGUUUUAAAAUGAAAUAAAUUAAUGUGAACACUCA